AGCUCGGCGUCGGCGAGGCCCCCCAGGAUACUGCCGCCCCACGCCGUCGCGCGAUUCCUGCGGCGGCGGAGGCGCGCGCGCGGGCAAGAUGGCAGAUGGCGCGCGCGGCGAGCGCGGGGCGGACGAGGAGGUGCCCGAGGAGUGUGCCGCGGCCGCGGAGGACGCCGGCGAAAGCUCCGAGGGCGAGCCCCCCGAGCUCAUGGACCUCAUCGAUGCCGUGGAGGAGGCGGCAGCCGACGUCGAGGCUCUAGCGAAGGUGCUGCGCGACAUCGGCCGGCGGAUCCGCCUGACGCCCACCGACAGGGACCUGCUGACGGACUUCGAGGGCACCACGCAGAUCUGCCAGGCGCUGGCGGCGCCGCCCCACAGCUGGCGCGGCGAGGCCAUGGUGGCGUUCUGCCGCAUCGUGCCCGACGUGUGCCGCACGAGCGUCCUCAACCGCGGGGCGCUGCGGGACGAGGGCUUCCUGCAGGGCCUGCUCGGCCUGCUCGGCGCCGCCGCGCGCGGCGGCGAGGAGGCCACCACGGCGGCGGCCUGCAGCGCCCUGAGUGCGCUGUGCACCGCCAGCGACGGCAACAAGAAGGCCGCCGCCGGGCUGUGGGUCGGCGUCCCUGGCGAGGCGGCAGCCGUGCAGGGCAUGCAGCUGCUGGUCGAGGUGCUCGGGCUGUUUCCCCAGUCGGCGGCGGUGCAGACAGAGGGCCUGUCCGCCCUUCGGGCCAUGGUUGUCGACGACGACUCGAGGAAGGGCGCCGAAGAGGAGGCGUUCGCUGUGCUCAAUCGCAGAGUGCUCAUGGGAGAGGGGUUUUCCGUUGUGCACGCGGCGAUCGUCAUGGCCUUCGCUACCGCAGACUCCACGAGCGGGCAGGCUCAGGCAAGGCUGACUGAGCAAGCCUUGCUCAUGCUGCGCGAGGCAUCCCGAGAGCAGGACCACAUUCAGGAGAUGGCUUUUGGCUCCAAGCUGCAGAAGCGGGCUGUGUCGACGCUGAGCUCCUCCAGUGACGCGAAGGUCGUCCGCGCAAGCUUGGCGGCCCUUCGUGCGUUCGCGUUCAACGAGGAUGCGAGGGAGCACCUUGCCCUGCUCUCGGACGACGUGCUGACGUGCGUGGCCGCCGUGCAGAAGCACGUUGGCGUUGCCGCGGUCUGCGAGCAGGGCUUUGGCCUCUUCGUGAACCUCACCCUGCGCAAGUCGCCCAUCGCGGCGAGGUUGGGAGAUCUGUUGCCUCUGGGCCAGGCGGUCCUGCGACAGCACCCUGACCGGCCCGACAUCGCACGCUCGGUGACGAUGGCGUUACGGAACAUUGCGUCUCAGGUCGACGCUGUCGGUGCGGAGGUUCGCGAGUCGGGCCUCUUUGAGCAGUUGAGGGAGCUUGUGUUGCAGCGGGAAGACAAGCCUCGCUGGGGCGCGGCAGUGGACGCCGCCAGGCAGUUCCUUCGAGAGUUCAAGGCGGACCAAGGGGUCCAGAAGAAGGCGGUGUACAACGCUUACUACUGAGCAGUCACUGCCAGGGGCUGGCCCAGCCGCUCCCCUGCAGCGGCGCGUCCGUCGGGCGUCCCCCAGUCCGUUCUGCACCCUCGCCCGUGAGGCUUCUGGGCUCUCCAGAGGGCCGCGUUGUGCUUGCGGGGUCGGAGCGCCAGCAGACACCGUGGGUGCACGCGGCAAGCUUUGCGUGUCUGGUGUUGGCAAGCUCAAGCACCCACGGCGGAGCCGCGCGGUGGGCUGACCAACACGGUCAGCCCGAAGCUGUGUAGCACUUGUCCACUCGGCUUGCUCCGCAGUUGCCUCCUUUUCCUGCCCUGCCUAGUAAAAGAGUGGUCCGUUCUUAUCAUCGCCACAAUCGCCGUGGCCAGUGCUAUCGAGUUUGCAGCAGGGCGCACCGCUGUAGCUUCGCCACCGCCGCCUCCUCGUGCCCGCAGCCCCAGGGGCAGCACCCGUCCCUUCGAUCGGAGACACGAGCAGCUCCGGAGUCUGGGACAUUGCGAGAGUGCGUGUCGCACCAGGCGCAUCGUGCUAGCUGAAUGUGAGCACGCGCGCUUUCAUUCCAACGGUUGGUCUGUUGCAUCCAGCGGCCCAGUCCUCUCCGAACGCAUGCAUAUUCGAGCAUGUCGUGGU